CCCUCAUCACCACCACCAUCAUCUCCACCACCUCAAUCACCUCCUCCAUCGUCUCCAUCACCAUCUUCCCCUCCUCCAUCUUCUCCGUCUCCGACUCCACCUUCUAACACUUCCCCAUCUCAACCAUCACAAUCACCACCACCACCACCACAACCACAGUCAUCACAGGCUCCACCUAACAACUCACCAUUGCCUCCAAACCAGGGUGUCUUUUCUCCUCCUCCUCCUCCUCCUCCGACGUCACAUCAUCAUCAUAAAUCAUCACCCUCGAACAACGGCAACAAUACAAAUGAUAACAAUGGGAAUCAAUUGAGCGUGGGUGGUAUAAUAGCAGUUGCAGGUGCAGCUUGUAUAAUCCUCCUUGUCAUUAUCCUACUCUGCGUUAUAUGUACAAGAAGGAAGAAGAGAUCACAACCUCAUCACAUUCAUUACUACCCUACUCCAGCACACGGUGCAAAUCAGUAUAUGUACAACAAUGGUGAGCAUGUGCUUAAUAUUCCUCCACCAGCUCAAGGUGGUGGUUGGACUCCAACACCUCCAAAAAAAACACCUCCAAAAAUGACACCUUCAAAAAAGACACCUCCGCACCAGGUUAGUAGCAGUGAGUUGACCAACUCCAGUUACUCUGGCCCAGUAGAUCCUGUAUUGCCACCACCACACCCAACGGUUGCACUUGGGUUCAACCAGAGCUCAUUCAGUUAUGAAGAGUUAUCAACUGCCACCGGUGGGUUUUCAAAACAAAACUUGUUGGGUCAAGGUGGGUUUGGAUAUGUACAUAAAGGUAUUCUCCCUAAUGGUAAGGAAAUAGCGGUGAAGAGCCUUAAAUCAACUGGUGGACAAGGUGACAGAGAAUUUCAAGCUGAGGUUGAUACUAUAAGCCGUGUACAUCAUCGCUAUCUUGUCUCGCUUGUUGGCUAUUGCAUUUCUGAAUCUAAAAAGCUUCUUGUUUAUGAAUUCGUUCCCAACAAGACCCUUGAUUAUCACCUUCAUGGAAAGGGUCGACCUGUGAUGGAUUGGGCCACAAGGCUUAAAAUUGCGGUUGGAUCCGCCAAAGGACUUGCUUAUUUACACGAGGACUGUCACCCUAGAAUCAUUCACCGAGACAUCAAGGGUGCAAACAUUCUAAUUGAAAACAACUUUGAAGCCAAAGUGGCAGAUUUUGGAUUGGCAAAAUUUACUCAAGACACUAACACUCAUGUUUCUACUCGUGUGAUGGGAACAUUUGGGUAUAUGGCUCCUGAGUAUGCAUCAAGUGGUAAGCUAACUGAUAAAUCUGAUGUCUUCUCGUAUGGUGUUAUGCUUUUGGAGCUCAUAACAGGACGACGGCCAGUCGGUACCGCCGGCAGUGAUUACGAGGAAGAUAGUUUAGUUGAUUGGGCUAGACCACUUUGUUCAAAAGCACUGGAAUAUGGAAUAUAUCUUGGAUUGGUGGAUCCACGUUUAGAGGAAAAUUAUGAGAAACAAGAUAUGACACGUAUGGUAGCUUGUGCUUCUGCUUGUGUUAGGCACUCAGGAAGAAGGCGUCCAAGAAUGAGUCAGAUUGUACGGGUACUGGAAGGAGAUGCUUCACUAGAAGUGCUUAUAAACCAGGAUGGAGUGAAACCUGGACAUAGUGCUAUGUACAGUAGCGCAAGUGGAGAUUAUGAUGCAGGGACAUACAGUGCUGACAUGAAAAAGUUCCGGAAACUAGCAUUGGAAAGUAGCACAGGGAGCAGUGAGUACGGUGCAACUAGUGAGUAUGGACUCAACCUUUCCGCCUCGAGCAGUGAUCAAUCUUCUGUUGAUUAUACUAGGAGGACGGUAACUGGAACCGGAGGCGGAUCAAAAUUCCAUGAAAAAUAAAGCCUGAUAUGAUCCUAUUUUAUUUGUUAACUAGCUAGAUAGCUAGCAAAAGUAACAGCUGAUUAUCUAGCGAUAUGAUUUUAAUUCAGGCCAUGGCAUAAAAUUAGUGCCACAGGGAAAGAAAUACAUGACAGAGUUAUAUUCUUUUGUGA